AUGAUCUCGAAGCACAGCAGUCUUGGCACAACUCUUGAAGAUAGUGUGCUCGUAAGAAAGCUACUUGACUCUGUCCUAGAUAACUACCUACAACUGGUAGCAUCCAUUGAACAAUAUUCAGAUGUGGAUGAGAUGCCAUUCGAGGAAGCUGUAGGAAGGCUCAAGGCCUAUGAGGAUCGGAUGAAACUUCGAAGCAAUAACACAACCGGGGAAGGAAGUUUGUUGUUCACCCGAUCAGAAGGUCAAAACAAUCAAAAGGCUUCAAAGGGGGGUUCCUACUCGAGUGGUAAGGGACGUGAAACAUCACAUCAUGACAGAGGUGGUCGAAGUGGUGGACGAGAAUAUGGUCACUAUGCAUCAGAAUGCAAUGUUCCAAAGGAAAUAAAAGAUGAAGUAAACUUAACUCAAACUCAAAAUCACGAUGAUGAACCAGACACACUUCUGUUGAGUAUCCUUGGGGAAGAGUCACACAACAUGGUGUUACUAAAUGAAGACAAGGAGUUCCCGAGACAGAACAGCAGUGGUAAAGACCAUUGGUAUUUGGAUAAUGGUGCCAGUAACCAUAUGACUGGCAUGGGAAGUUUCUUUGCUGAACUUGAUGAGAAGGUGACUGGACAGGUGCGUUUUGGUGAUGGCUCUAAAGUGAAGAUUGAAGGAAAAGGGACAAUCUUGUUUGAGUGCAAGAAUGGUGAUCAGAUACUUGUACCAGACGUAUAUUUCAUUCCCUCUUUGCAUUGUAACAUCCUGAGUCUAGGGCAGAUGACAGAAGAAGGAUACAAGAUUGAGAUGUUGCAUCAAUAUCUACGAAUUCAUGAUGAACAUGGAAGAUUGAUAAUGAAGGUACAACGGUCCAAGAACUAG